AUGCUGACGCAAGUGGUCGAGGGUGUUCGAGCGUGGAUUUCCCCUGGCGAGCGGAGGUCGUGCAGGAGGCCAGUGCCAUCUCAGCCAAAGCAGCUGUCGGGAUUGGCCCCGUACCCUUACCAGGAGCUGGAAGCCUGCACCUGGCAGUUUUCCCAGAGGUUGAGCUCCGGAGCAGUGGGUGUGUACAGGGGCUUCCUCCGCGGUGUGGAUGUCGCCGUGAAGGUGCUCGAAGAUGCCGACGGAAGUUUCUACGACGAGGUUCGGGCACUGAGCCGCCUCCGCCAUCCAAAUCUGGCGCGCUUGCAUGGAUGGGGCACCCAUGAGCACAAGAGCUUCCUGGUCUUCGAGCUGCUGGCCGGUGGGAGCCUUCUCGAGCGCCUGGAGCGCAAGGAGUUCCUGUGGCAACAGCGGCUCCGAGCGGCGGCCCAGGCCGCAGCGGGGCUCACGUACAUGGUGAGCAUCAUCCCGAGAAUCUUCCACCGCGACAUCCGGCCCGCCAACGUCCUCUUCGACCGGAGCGGAACUGCCAAAAUGGCUGGUUACGGUGAGUCCGGCGCUGUGAAGGUGUCUGGCUGA